AUGACCAACUCGCAAAUCACACCACCCGAAGGCUGGGCCAAUGACGAUUUUCUCCUCGAAAAAGGCACCUACUGGGGACCCGGACAGGGCGGCCAGGUCAUGGUCCAAAAACAUGGACUUCCGGUCGCAACGCCGAUCAUGUGUAUGACCAGUGGAGAGCAAGAGGUUCUGUUCACCGCGGGGUCUAACUGCUACAUUUGGAGUCCGAUUGACGGAGAGAUCUGGGAGGUUGUUGAACCACAGGGGUCUGUUGAGACGGUCAUUGCGGCUAUCAAAGAAAGUGGGAGUAGAUCUCUGACUUGUUCGAAAGUUAGUCAGAUUGAAUAG